AUGAGAAUUGUACCAGGUAAAAAAGAAAAUUCAUUUUUAUUGUAUCAUGAUGGCUACAGGUACGCUCGAGAUUAUCAGAGUGACUCCAUAUUCCGCUGCUCAAAAAGAAAAAGUUGUGCUUGUUCCGGACGAAUUAAAUUUUAUAUUGAUGUCUCUUCGAUUGAUGACAUCGAGAGCUCAACAGAUGAUGAUUUUGAAAUUCUGGGAUCACAUGAAGAUAUGCCGGACUAUACAAUAGGUGAAUGGUUGGCUAUGGUUGACAUAAUGAAAGAGCGGUGUCGUACAAGUAAUGAUCGAUUGAUCGAUAUUUUUAAUGAUGUUGGUCGGAGUAAUCCUGCAGUUAGUGCUAAUUACAGCUACCAAUCUGUUUCUGCAAUUUUAUCUAGAGAGAGAGCAAAGUAUCGUCCAAGAAUUCCAGAAACUCUUUCAGAGUUGUCACAAGUAUUACAUGAAAAUACUAUCGUCAAGGUUCAUUUACAAGCUGAAGGAAGUUCUAUUUUGAUAUUUACAUCAGAGAAAUUAUUAAGUGGAUUCGCUGAAAGCAACGAGUUGUUAAUGGAUGGAACAUUUUCGAAUACGUGUCGAAAACCUCGUAUAAAUCAAAUCUACACUAUUCACUUUAAGUAUAAAAAAGAGUAUCAUGCUGGUGCUAUUAUAUUGACAGAAAAUCGGCUUACCAAGACAUACCAGACAAUAUUUAAUUGGUUAACUAAAGAAGUUGAAGUUCUAAAAAAAAAAGAAAUUACUAUCAUGACCGAUUUUGAGAAAAGUACAAUUAAAGCACUCAGAAAAUGUUUUCCAUGUGCGAAAAUUCACGGCUGUUUUUUUCAUUUUGCCCAGGCGGUGAUAAAGAGAUGGCAGAAGUUGAAAAUCAAAGUUCCAGACAGUGUAUUAUCGAUGUAUCUCAGCGUCCCAUUAUUACCUCCUGAAUGCUUUAAAGAAGCUGCAAGAUGCUUGGAAGAGGAAAUACAUAAAGUAGCAGCAAUUGAUGAUAAUAUUUUACGAUUUAACAAGUACUUCAACGACGUCUGGUUAAAACAUCCUGAGCAUGUUAGUGUUUUUAAUGUAUCGACUAAAAGUACUGGAGGGCCAGAAAGUUUUCAUAGACACAAUAAAACUAAGCUGGGAGGAGCACAUCCUAUUGUCUGGAAACUUAUUGAUGGAAUUGAAAAAGUUGUAAUAGACGAAGAAAUAAAUUAUUGUCGAUUAAAUAAUGGGAAACCGACAAAGAAACACACACCUCAAUAUCUUAUUGAUCGGUCUAAUUACAUUCGCAAAAUUCAAGGAGACUUAGGAAAUGGUUUAACAGUUAAAGAGUUUUUAAAAAUGUUUCCGAAAUCUUUUGAAGAGAUGCAGUACACCAUUAAAAAAUUAAUUGCGGACUGCGAACUUCAUUUAAUUGAAGACGAACCUGAUCCUUCAAUUCUUGACAUCACAUUUGAUGAAAAAAGAAAAGGCGAAGAAAUAGCUUGUAUCCAUAAAUCAUUGAAACAUUUACAAAACAUUACAAACAAAAUCAAUUCAUCUUUAAGUACUGGAAAAGUUACCAUCAACACCUGGCUGCAGAGAAAAAAGAAACGGAGCAUAAAAACGAACCGAGCGGCUUCAUCUAAAGAAUGUGGCAAGGUAAAAGGUGUCUGCAAGUACGUAUUUAAACCAAUCAGCCGCUCAACGCCAAAAAUUAACAAAAAACCGGUAUUUAUGGCAUCAAUUUUAAUGGGAUCAGUAGAUACGCGUAAAACUUCACCAAGCCCAUUAAUUCGUAUUGAUGAUAAAAGUCAUCCAGCAUCUUCUCAAAACGGGACACAGAAAAAUUACAGUACCACGUUGGAAACUUCUGUUGCUAAAACUAUUCCUGAGAGUUUGCCUAAGCUUUCUGAAACUGAUUCUCUAGGAAAACGUAAAUCUAACAAUCACUUAGAUAUAUCAGUUAUAAAAAACAAUCAGACAUCUACCUUCAUUGGAAAACCGGAAGUAAGUGUAACUUCCUCAAAAUCACCAAUUUAUACUGACAAUAAAACUCAUGCAGCUUAUCAAAACGGGACACAUAAAAAUAACAGUACUGCGUUGGAAACUUCUGUUGCUAAAAAUAUUCCUGAGAGUUUGCCCAAGCUUUCUGAAACUGAUUCUCUAGGAAAAUGUAAAUCUAACAAUCACUUAGAUCUAUCAGUUAUAAAAAAAAAUCAGACAUCUACCUUCAUUGGAAAACCGGAAGUAAAUGUAACUUCCUCAAAAUCACCAAUUUAUACCGACAAUAAAACUCAUGCAGCAUAUCAAAACGGGACACAUAAAAAUAACAGUACUGCGUUGGAAACUUCUGUUGUUAAAACCAUUCCUGACAGAUCACCUCAUUUUUCUGGAGUUGUUUCUCUAAAAAGAUGUAAUUCUAAAAACCAAUUAGAUUUAUCAAAACUGAAGAUAAUUCUGAUAUCUGCUUCACAGAUUUCAAUAAAACUGAGUAGGACUCGUUUAAAUUCAUUGAUUCGUGUAACCAGUAAGACUCUUCCAGCACCUACUCGAGAUGGGCCAGAAAAAUCCAUUAGUAAUAAAUUACAAACUUCUACAACUGAAAAAUUUCCUGAGAGCUUGCCCGGAUUUUCAGCAGUUCAUUUCGAAGAAAAAAAUUUGCCUAACUACUAUUCAAAUACAUCAGUAAUAAGAUAAUUCCUCACAAAAGCAGCAUUGAGUUGUUGGAAACGCCAAUCGCUGUUUUACUACUCAAAAAAAUCAAAAUAGAUUAUGCAAAGAGGCAGUCUCUUUCAUCCCAAAAAUUAUUAUACUAGUGACAUUUAAUAUUUUACUCGAUGAUUUUAUAAUUUCAGUUAAUGUUUAUGAUAUUACGUUUAUGAUAUUAUGUUUAUGAUAUUAUGUUUAUGAUAAUAUGUUUAUGAUAUUAUGUUUAUGAUAUUAUGUUUAUGAUAUUAUGUUUAUGACAUUAUGUUUAUGAUAUUAUGUUUAUGAUAUAAUAAUUUGAAGCAUUUUUAGUUUAA